UAAAAUAUUAAAAAUUCUGUAAAAUAUUAAAAAUUCUGUAAAUAAUUGUAAAAUAUUAAGAAUUGUGUAAAUAAUUGUAAAAUAUUGUGAUGUCGGAGAGAUCGAUUGAGUUUGAUGGGUUGUGUAGUGACUUGGGUUUAUUAAUUCCUGAUUCUAGCACUGUUGUACACAAAUCCGAAUGCCUUUACAGUAUUGACACUGAGUAUUCCUUGGGAGGAAUUUACGUGAAUUUGUUAACGUAUCAAUCUUUUGGUAAAGACUUGCUCAAAUUCGAUCCCAUUUACCCCAACGCCAUCUACCUCAACAUUGUCAAACGCCUUAUCCCAUGCCAACAAGAACCCGACCUUAACGAAUUCAACACUACCGACCACGUAAGUGAGAAGAAAGUGUUUGAGGAAAGUGUUGAGUAUAAUGUUUUUUCACCUCAGCUGGGCUCAAUUCCCCUAGAUCACACUUUCGGACAACUUCUCAACCUGUGUAAUUCGAUAAUUGGACACGCCGGAUACGAAUUUAAAAAUAACCAACUCACAUUCUCCAACAUACUCAACGAGUCGAAGUAUGCGCGGGAUUUGUAUCAGGUUGAGAAUCCGAAGCGGAUUGACUAUGACAAUUUAUCCUGUGAAAAAUGCAAUGCCACUACUAACCUCUGGCUCAAUCUUUCCGAUGGAUAUGUUGGUUGUGGUCGGAAGAACUAUAACAGUGGCGGGUGUCAGGACGGCACUGAGGGUGCUGCAAUUCUACACUACCACGAGACGGGAUCUAAGUAUCAUUUAGCCGUUAAAAUCGGUACCGUCACGCCAAACUCAGCCGACGUCUACAGUUACUCCCCUGACGAGGAUAAUCUGGUGAUUGAUCCUCUCCUGGAGGAACAUCUGAAACACUUCGGAAUCAACAUCCAUGAUUUGCGAAGGACUGAGAAGACGUUGUUGGAGCUUGAGCUUGAGGAUAAUAAAAACUACAACUGGCUCUCAGACGCCAGUGGAGCUUCACUCAUACAUCUACAGCCCAAGUUGAUUGGGAUACUGAACCUGGGUAACAACUGUUACCUCAACAGUGUGUUACAAAUGCUAAACAACGUUAAGGAACUAAACGACUUUUUCCUUCAAUACUAUCAAACCAACCUGCAAAAUAAAUUUGAGAAUGUGAAUUUGUUCCUCCUGCAAUACGCUAAAAUCUGUACAUGCAUUAACACCGACGUUUUCAUACACAAAUGCAACCAAAUUCUCGAUCAGUACAAAAAUUUAUUGAGUGAAUCUCACGAAACUGAUGACAGUUUGACCCAAGUGCUAACGCAUGACUGCUUUUACAUUAACCCAAACCUCUUCAAAUUCACUCUAGGACUGAACAACAGUGUGUUUAAUAACAAUGAGCAGCAGGAUGCUGAGGAGUUUUUGAGCUUUUUCAUUAAUUACCUUUUCGACAACAUUAAAGAUCUUAAAUCACUUUUCCAGCUCCAAAUGAACCAAAUAAUAAUUUGUGAAGAGCUGAAGUUAGUUAAUGUAAAUCACGUGGAGACGCAUAUUUUACCCUUUGAACUCAUGGACAUUAUUAACUCAAAAAUUAACUCCCUGAAUUCUAAUUCCACCGACAUAGAUGACAUAAAUGAUAUAAAUGACAUAGAAAUUGAUAUCACCGACUGUGUGUUGGGUUGGUAUGGUAGUGUGUUGGUGGAUUAUAUAAGUAGUGGCAAGGUGUACAAGGCGAACUUGUAUAAUAACUUGACAAACGCGCCAAGUUACUUAUUUGUCAAGUUGAACCGCUUCUACAUGGACAAAGUGCCCAAAAAGUUACUCAACAAAGUGACGAUAACCGGGGAGAAAUUAGAACUAAACCUGAAUCACCUGAACUUGAAGGAAUUCCAAGACUACACACAGCCACCUCUCGAACGCAAUUCAGGAUUUUAUGAAGUCGACGAAUCGUUCCUCAACCAACUACUACUCAUGGGAUUCAACGAAUUCGAUAUCAGGAGAUCCCACUUUGUGAAUAAGUCUACUGAUGUCGAUGUGUGUGUCAAUUGGAUCCUCGGUAACAUGACAGACCCUGAUACCAUUAGCAGUAGCCUGAGUAAACUCCGUCAACUUGGCCAUACGGAUGACCAUUUAAACAUGAAAUUACUUGGAUUCUACGGUAACUCGGAUAAAGUUGUGAGUUACUAUGAACAGCUUAAAACUGAGCAGCUAAGUGAUAAUGUGAGGGAGACUGUAGUGUAUGAUCUGAUUGGGUUUAUAACGCAUAUCGGGAGUAAUGUGAAUUCAGGGCAUUAUAUAUGUCACUUGAAGAAGGAUAACGAGUGGUACGCAUUCAAUGACACCAGAAUUACCAAGUCCACUAAUCCACCCAUUCACCACGGAUACAUUUAUCUCUUUCAGAAGUCUUAAUAUAAUAUUAUACUAUAUAUAA